AUGUUCACCCAGCCGCAAGUGGGGCGCGCCCUGGUGGCUAUCCUCGAGCACCCGAGCGCAACUGCGAAUCAGUAUGUCUACGUGUCCUCGUAUGCAGUGGCAGCGAGCGAAAUGGUUACCGUGCUGGAGAAAGCCACGGGGAGCAAAUGGAAUGUACGAAAGAUUGAUCUCAAGCAGACACUAUCCGAGGCGAACGAGAAGCUUGAAUGGAAGGGGGUGGGCUAA